UACUUGCGCGAAGACUGGGUCAAGGCUAAUAACCAGCUGUCAAAAUGGCGAUCAAGAAUAGGCCCUCAAUACAAUUUCGGAGAAUAUUCUCUCUUACUUUCCUAGCGCUAGUCGUUUUGUUCUGUAGGUGCAAUGCGUUCGUCAAAGAGCUUGACGACAGUUUUUCAUCUCUGAUGAAUGAGGGUAGCUGGUUAGUUGAGUUCUAUGCCCCAUGGUGUGGUUACUGCAAGAAACUAGAGCCAAUAUGGGCUGAAGUAGGGAAAACUCUUUAUGGAUCACCUAUUAGAGUUGGAAAAUUAGAUGCAACUAGAUACUCAGCAUUAGCAAAACACUUUGGUAUCAGAGGAUUUCCUUCAAUUAAAUUUAUUAAAGGAAAGAGAGUUUUAACAUUUGAAGGUGAACGCACAGUCCAGGAUUUUGUCCAAUUUGCAGAGAAGGCAAACAGACCAGCAGUUACUGAGCUCAAGGAUGCAGCCCAAAUGGAGAGAAUAAGAAAUGAGAAAAGUGUCUGUUUUUUCCUAGUAACAAGCAAUGACAAUGCACAGUUGUCAGAAAAACUUAAACAUAUUUUUUAUCAAGUUGCUGAAGAUAAGGUUAUUCAAAGCUAUUUUUAUCAAAUUGAUCAGGGAGCUUUACCAGAGGAUGUUGAGGUAAAAGGGCCAACUGUCAUUGUUUCAAAAGAUGGUUCCAUAUCCAUGCUUGAAGGUUCAGACGAUGUAAUUGAAGAGAGUACGUUAUCUGGAUGGGUAAAUAAUGAAAGAUUUGAAGCAUUUGUUCAUGUCACCAGGUCGAAUUUUCAUGAUAUCACCACAACUGGUAAAAUAAUGCUGUUAACUGUACUGGCAGAACAGAAGAGUAAAAAGAAAAUAAAUGAAAGGGUUAGCAAAAUUGUCAAAAGUGUGGCCAUAAAUGAACGGCAAAGAUUUCACAGGCAUUUUCAGUUUGGAUGGAUGUUGGGGGAUACUAUUGCAACAAACCUCAUGAUGAGCUCAAUGUCAGCCCCAUUCUUAAUGGCAUAUAACAGUACAAAUCAUGUGUAUUACUUAAAGCAGUAUUCAGAGAUUAAAGAGGAAUUUACUGAACAGCAGUUGGUAUCUUUCCUUGAAGAUGUGUUGGAGGGUCGUGCAAAGGGAUACGGUGGAGACUCGUACUUUCAAAGAUUCUAUAGGGGGAUUUGGGAACUUCUCAGAUCGAUUUACGAAAUCUGGACCACCCAACCCAUUGCUGCUAUACUCAUGUUUGGCUUCCCUCUGCUGGUGUUCUCAUUCCUAAUCUAUAUGCUGUGUAUCGCUGACCCUGGACCUGAAGAGGAAGAUUUGGAAGAGCUUCAAGAGGAAGGCACCGAGUAUUUAGAUGAUGAAGAUGGAGAAAGAGAACUGAAAGCAACUGAGGAAGUUGAUGCAAACCCAAAACCGAAGACAGAAUGAUCGAUAUUAUUCGGAAACAUAAGCAUUGUAAGUUCGGUUCAGUUGCGGCAGCUUCUACCGUGCCAGAAUCGCAUUGACAGCAAGUACUCUACACGAGAUGUUCAGGUUUUUCUGAAGAUCAAGUGAGACUGGUUCUCCUUAAACUGCAUAGGUAGCGGUAUUUUUAGCGAUUGAUGAUAAAUAAAGACAGCGGAGUGCAACUUCGAA